AUCACUGUGACUGUCUUAAGCAAGAAGAAGUUGCUUGUUUGGUAAUUUGAGUUUUGAAACGUAAUUUUGCACAUAAAGAAUUAUAAUAUUGGUAUACUAAUUAUUUAAUAGAGUUGCAAAGUAUGUACAUUGCCGAAUCAAUGUCUUGGAAGAAAGAAAGAUUAAGCAUUGAUAAUGCGGAGGAACAGGACAUUUUCGAAGCGUCCGGCUCAGUAAAUUUGGAAAAUGCAAACACCGAGCCAAACACGGAGGAAAUGCCCAAUGAGCCGAUGGCAUUUCUACAAGGUCUUAAUUCGGGCAAUUUAAUGCAGUUUAGUCAGCAAUCCGUACUGCGUGAAAUGAUGCUGCAAGACAUUAAGACAAACAUUAACUCAUUACCAAAGCUGGAAAAUCAUAAUAAUGGUGAUUAUUGUUUUGGCAUGGUGCUGGAAGAGCCGCCCAAGUCACAUUGGAUGUUCUCAGUUCCUUUGAAUAAGCUCUACAUUCGCAUGAAUAGGACCUUCAACAUCGACGUCAAGUUUAGGAUUAAAAUGCCCUUUCAGCCGUUGAACCUAAGAGCGUUUCUUUGUUUCGUUAAGGAUGUCAGUGGUCCCGUGCUGCGCUGUCAAAAUCAUUUAAGUACAGAUGCCAUUAAGGACAAUCUUAGUAUGCGAGAAAGUCUGCUGCGUUGUGAGAAUCCUAACACCACUUAUUGUGGUAAUUCCCAGGGAAAGAGUAUUACGGAGAGAUACUCUGUGCUUGUACCAUUAAAUAUGAGCCGUUCUAGCCAUCAAGGCGGUGGAUUCAUUAGACAAACACUUGCCUUUAGUUUCGCCUGCCAGAACUCCUGCUUUGGUCGCAAAGAGACUUGUUUGGUCUUUUGUUUGGAAAACAUGAAUGGUGAUAUACUGGGUCAGCAGGUGUUGUAUCUUAAGAUUUGCACAUGCCCAAAGCGCGAUCGCAAUCAAGAUGAACGAAACAUCGAGAGCAAUAAACGCAAGUUAUUGUCUGGUGCAUCGGAGGAUGAAGAUGUCGACGAGGAACGUGGCAGAAAGACACGUCGUCGCACACUGCCUCGUGAAGUCAAAGAGGAGAAUGAGAGCAAUGAUAGCUCCGAUAUUCACCCUCUCCCUACAGAUUGGGACGUUUCGCGUACUGUAGACGGCAAUUAUCGUCUUGUUGUUAAGUGCUCCAAGAAGGACCAGCUCUUGGAGGGCAUCGAAGGAAUGAUUGAAAAGACGGCUGUCGCUAUGCUACGAAGUCCACAAAAUUUAAAACUGCGUCAACAUGCCAACCAUUUGCUAAAUUUAAAAAAAUGCGCAGUUAAGUUGUCAUAACUUGGAUUACAGAUGAAUUCUACCUAAUCUAUAAGAAGAAAAAUGAAUACCUGCCAAAAUGUACAAUCAAAGUAUCUAAAGUUAACACAAUAUGUUGAAUUUCACAUUAAUAUUGUUUCAUAACUGGGCUGCCUUUAUAAUUAAGUUUUACAUAAUAAGAAUUAAAGUAAAUUUUCUAAUAAAUUGAUAAUAUGUACCAUGUACAUAUAGUUUAACAGUAAAACGGUA